CGCGCCUCAAGGCCGCUUUCACUGAGCUGCGCGGCUGAGACUCCUGGCGCCAAGCGGCAGCGCGCCACGGCAACGUCCGACGUGAUGGCGUAACGAAGUCGGCAGCCAAUGAAACGAGGUGCUGAAAAAGCUGGCUUGGGUUUGAAUCUUGUGGCUGAGUUUGAAUCGUGGAGAGGCGGACGUCGUAGUGAAGUGUCGUGGUAAUCUUUGCUGGACCUGAGAGGAAUAUUCAGGCAUUCAUUUAAACAGGGGAAGCAAGAUAAUCAACAAUGUCUGUUACUGAGGAAGACCUGUGUCACCAUAUGAAAGUAGUUGUUCGUGUGCGUCCGGAAAACACAAAAGAAAAGGCAGCUGGAUUCCAUAAAGUGGUCCAUGUUGUGGAUAAGCAUAUCCUAGUUUUUGAUCCCAAACAAGAAGAAAUUAGUUUUUUCCAUGGAAAGAAAACUGCAAAUCGAGAUAUUACAAAGAGACAAAAUAAGGAUCUCAAAUUUGUAUUUGAUGCAGUUUUUGAUGAAACUUCAACUCAAUUGGAAGUUUUUGAACAUACUACUAAGCCAAUUCUUCGUAGUUUUUUGAACGGAUAUAAUUGCACAGUACUUGCAUAUGGUGCCACUGGAGCUGGGAAGACCCACACGAUGCUAGGAUCAGCUGCUGAACCUGGAGUAAUGUAUCUAACAAUGUUAGACCUUUAUAAAUCCAUGGAUGAGAUUAAAGAAGAGAAAGUAUGUAGUACUGCAGUUUCUUAUCUGGAGGUAUAUAAUGAACAGAUUCGUGACCUCUUAGUAAAUUCAGGGCCACUUGCUGUUCGGGAAGAUGCCCAAAAAGGGGUAGUCGUUCAGGGAUUGACUUUACAUCAGCCCAAAUCCUCAGAGGAGAUUUUACAGUUAUUGGAUAGUGGAAACAAAAACAGGACACAGCAUCCCACUGAUAUGAAUGCCACAUCUUCUCGUUCUCAUGCUGUUUUCCAGAUUUAUUUGCGACAACAAGACAAAACAGCAAGUAUCAGUCAAAAUGUACGAAUUGCCAAGAUGUCACUCAUUGACCUGGCAGGGUCUGAGAGAGCCAGUACUACCAGUGCUAAAGGAACCCGGUUUAUUGAAGGCACAAAUAUUAAUCGAUCACUCUUAGCUCUUGGGAAUGUUAUCAAUGCCUUAGCAGAUACAAAGAGAAAGAACCCGCAUAUUCCUUACAGAAAUAGUAAGCUCACUCGCUUGUUAAAGGAUUCUCUUGGAGGAAACUGUCAAACUAUAAUGAUAGCUGCUGUUAGUCCUUCCUCUGUGUUCUACGAUGACACGUAUAACACUCUUAAGUAUGCUAACCGUGCAAAGGACAUUAAAUCUUCUUUGAAGAGCAAUGUUCUUAACCUCGACAAUCAUAUAACUCAGUAUGUAAAGAUCUGUAAUGAGCAGAAGGAAGAGAUAUUAAUGUUAAAAGAAAAAUUAAAAGCCUAUGAAGAACAGAAAGCCCUUACUGAGGAAAAUAACAAAGCAAAAUUAAUGAUUUCAAACCCUCAGGAAAAAGAAAUUGAAAGAUUUCAAGAAAUUCUGAACUGCUUGUUCCAGAAUCGAGAAGAAAUUAGGCAAGAAUAUCUGAAGUUGGAAAUGUUACUAAAAGAAAAUGAACUUAAAUCAUUCUAUCAACAACAAUGCCACAAGCAAAUUGAAAUGAUGUGUUCUGAAGACAAAGUAGAAAAGGCCACUUGCAAACGAGAUCAUAGACUUGCAAUGUUGAAAACUCGUCGCUGCUACCUAGAGAAGAAAAGAGAGGAGGAAUUAAAGCAAUUUGAUGAGAAUACUAAUUGGCUUCAUCGUGUAAAGACUGAAAUGGAACUCUUAGGUCAAAAUGGUCAUAUUCCAAAGGAACUCAAUAAAGAUCUUCAUUGUCACCAUUUGCACCUCCAGAAUACAGAUUUGAAAGCACAAAUUAAACAUAUGAUGGAUCUAGCUUGUCUUCAAGAACAACAACACAGGCAAACUGAGGCAGUAUUGAAUGCUUUACUUCCAGCCCUAAGAAAACAAUAUUGUGCAUUAAAAGAAGCUGGCCUUUCAAAUGCUGCUUUUGAGUCUGACUUCAAAGAAAUUGAACAUUUGGUAGAGAGGAAAAAAGUGGUGGUUUGGGCUGACCAAACUACUGAACAUACUAUAAAGCAACAUGACCUACCAGAGGUUUCUGUUCUUAUGACCUUUCCACAACUUGGACCACCAGUUCAAUCUGCUCCUUGUUGCACAUCUUCAGGUGAAUCUAAUCUACUUAAAAUUCCUCCACAAAAAAGAACCCGAAGAAAACUAAUGCCUUCUCCUUUGAAAGCAAAACAUCCCCAAAAGUCUGCACUGUCUGAAAGUUUGCAGCUCAAUGAUUCUCUCAGCAAAGAACUUCAACCUAUUGUGUAUACACCAGAAGACUGUAGAAAAACAUCUCAAAAUUCAUCUCUAGUGACGUUAUUAAAACCAUCAUCACAUACUACAGGUUUUCAGACCAUCAGCUCAAACGUAAACAGUGAUAAUUCUCUGAAAAUGUUAUGUGAAGUAGAUAUUCCUCUCAGCAGGAGAAAAGAAUAUGGACAGGAAGAUUUGGACUCUACGUUUACUAUAUGUGAAGACAUCAGGAGCUUGAAGAGUAAAUUACCUGAACAAGAAUCACUAUCAAACAAUAACAUUUUACAAGGGCUUGCCUCUUCUUCAUUCUCAACUAAACAUCCUCUGCCUAUACCAAGCAUAGUACCAUCCUACAUGGCAAUGACUGCUGCUGCCAAAAGGAAACGGAAGUUAACAAGUUCUGCAUCAAAUACUUCAUUAACUGCUGAGGUAAAUUCUGGAUUUGCCAAACGUGUUCGACAAGAUAAUGCAAGUGAAAAGGACUUACAAGAAAACAGACCAACAGUGGACUAUAAAAGAAACAUCCAUAAAGUAAAGCCAAACAUGGUUAGAAAAUUUGGAAGAAGUAUUUCAAAAGGAAGUCUAAGAUAAGUCACUUCAAAAUCAAGGAAAAUGGAAUUGACAAGUCUCCUUUUGAAAGGGUUUGUUGCCAGUGCCCUUUCAGAAACUUAUUUAAAACCUUUGAAAGAAGACCAUCUUAAAACUAGGUUUACCCAAAUACCUUCAGCAAGCAGAAAAUAAAAUUCUCUGUUUUGUUCUUUUGUAUUCUAAGCAAAUAUUAAAUUUCAACAGAAAAGGUUAUGUUUUAAUAAAGUUACUAAAAUAUUUGUUACCCUUUAUAAUCCCUAAGUAGGCAUAGUGGCACGUCAGUUUUACUAUGCUACAACAAGUUGAUUAGGACAUUUUAGAAAAUAGUGAAUUAAAUUAUCCUUAGUUUUUUUUAAACAAGGAGAAUUUAGAAGUGAUAAAAUUAUGGCCCAGGAUGUAUUUGGUCGUAUAUUAUUUUAAUCAUAUAUAGGACUUUCCUUUCCAAAAAUACUUUGAUGUACAGAUGUACAUAUAUGUGCCCAUAAAGUUGUAAAGAUUAUUUAAGUAGUCUUCAUGAAUAAAAUACUAAUAUUGUUCCUUGCUACUCAGUAUAUUAAAGAUACAGAUUUUACAGUGUUUGCUUUUCUGUCUUGUUAGUACCCCUUACACACUUUCAACUAUUUUAUAUAAAAUGUGAAUUUUGUAGAUUUGUAUUUCAGAUUAGAUCAGGAUAUAUGGCACUAGAACCAAGUCUGAAAAUGAUCCAUAUAUUCCUAAUGAUAGUGAGACAGUUUUAAUCAUUCCUUCUCCUAUAGGAAGUAUAGUACACAGAGCUGCAACGAAAUCAUAUUGUUCACCUGCCUUGUUUGACCUGUUCAUCUUCUGAAUGCAACAAAUACUUGAUUAAACACACUUUUAAUUUUAUGUGGCCUGGGAACUGUUCCACCAAAGCAAACAACCACUUAACAACCAGUUGAAACAUUUUAGGUCUUUUAGUUUAGUCAUGUCUUUCAACUUAAAAUCUGGUUGAGAGAGUAUGAGAUGCAGUAAUGAUCUUUGAAGUUCCUUCCAACUCUGACUUUGGUAGUUCCAUGUUUAUAGAUGUGCACACAGAGUCUGUCAUAGGAAGAACCACCAUACACAAUUUCCUUGGGGUCCCUUUGUCAUUAAGACUUUAGCUCUGUUGCCUGUUUUUUUUUUCUUUUUUUUAAUUUAAAUUCAAUUAAUUAACAUGUAUUAUUUUUUUCAUGUGAUUCAUCAGUCUUACAUAAUACCCAGUGUUCAUUUCAACACAUACCCUCCACAAUGUCCAUCACCCAGUUACCUCAUCCUCCCCACCCACCUCCCCUCCAGCAACCCUCAGUUUGUGGAAUUUAAGAAACAAGGCAGAGGAUCAUAGGGGAAGAGAGGAGAAAAUGAAACAAGACGAAACCAGAGAAGGAGACAAGCCCUAAGAGACUCUUGAUCUUAGGAAACAAGCUGUGUUGCCUGUUUAACGUCACUUUUGCCUGUUUUUCCUUUCCAUCUGUUUUAGGAAAUUAUGUGUUUCAAAAGAUACUCUUUUACCAGGUACUGAUGAAUUAGGUUAACAGGAUUCGGUGACCAUACCUCAUGGUCUACUUCAUACCAUAAGAUAUGAGCGAUUUUUUUUUCCCCCUUCUCCCACCCCUCUCCCCUGUCAACCAGCAGUUGUUCUCUGUAUUUAUGGGUCUGUUUCUGCUUUGUUUGUUUGUUCACUUAUUUUGUUUUUAAGAUUCCACAUACAAGUGAAAUCAUAUGGUAUUCAUUUUUCUUUGUCUGACUUACUGCACUUACCGUAAUACCCUCAAGGUCCAUCCAUGUUGAGAUGGCAAGAUCUCAUUUUUUAUGGCUGAGUAUGAGAGUGAUUUUCUUACAUGCCAUUUUUAUAAGCUAGGCAUUUUGCCCUCCAUAAUAAUAAUGCAUUUGCAAUGCAACCAUGUUAAGGAAAAAGGGGGAAGAAAUCAUAAUGAAUCUGAAGAAAGAAAACUGUUGAAUAUAUGAUUAAAGAGAAAAUAUAUGCAUUUAAACUAGAACAAUGCUAUUCAAUAAGUUACCAUAAAACAAUUUUUAAGUGAACUUUAUUCAUGUAAAAAGUAGACUAAUCAUAAAUAUAUAGCUCAGUGAAUUUUCACAAAAUGAACACAUCCAUGUAAACAGUAAUCAAGGAAGAGAAAAUCAUCUGUAUCCCAGAAGCCUCCCUUGUGUCCCACUCCCACUUCCCUCUCAGGGUAACCCUAUUCUAACACCAUAGAUGGAUUUUUUUUUUAAUUAUGCUAUGUUAGUAACCACACAUUAUAUUACCUCAUUAGUUUUUGAUGUAGUGUUCCAUGAUUCAUUGUUUGCAUAUAACACCCAGUGCUCCAUGCAGAAUGUGCCCUCUUUACUACCAUCACCAGGCUAACCCAUCCCCCCAACCCCUCCCCUCUAGAACCCUCAGUUUGUUUCUCAGAGUCCAUAGCACCAUAGAUUGAUUUAAACUAAAAUAGUUGAUAUAUAUUUUUAUUAAAAAAUAUCUUGUUUGAAAAAGUGACAAGAGCUAUAAACGGUAAAAAUGUGCUCCCUCCUUAUUCUCUACCAGUAUCAUUCCAGUUGUAACCACUGCUGAUAAUUUAGGUAUCCUGACAGGUCAUUUAUUUUACUGAUAUACAAACUUGUAUACUUGGUUUUUUACAAAAAUUGUAUCAUACUAUUUAUACUGUCUUGCAAUUGGCUGUUUUAUUCACAUUUGAAAGCAUCAUGGGCAUCUUUGUAAAAUUUUUAAGUGUGAAUUUCCUAAGUACUGCUAUUGUAAAUUGAUUGCUCUUAGUAACAACUGAACUAAUAAAUUUUAUGUGUCAAAUUACAUCACAGAUCAGAGAGGAACCUCAAGGAUGCUCCGUGUCUUUUCACUAACUCUGAACACCAUUUCUGAGAAUAGGUUGGAGCAUUCAGUAUUUGUAUAUCGUAGUGUCCAGAGUAUAGUCCACACAACAUGACUCACCUGGGAUAUUCUGCCAAAACAGGGCAUCAGGUCAAAGAAAGCCUAAUUGUAAUAUCUCUUUAAUCAAUGUUCUAGAUUAAUAAUUACUAUAAAGUUAACAGGAUUAAAGAAUAGAGGUAUAUGGUAGGGAUUUAAACUCAAAAGAGUUAUUGACUAGUUUGAAAUAAUCUCUUUUGACACAAUGCUAACUCCACUAAUCUUUUUCAUUCGUUUUUAUGAAAUUAAGACCUUAUUAAAACAAAUUUUAGUUUUUAUAAAGUAAUAUUUUUAAAAGGAAGUUUAUAAAAAAAAAUAAAAAAUAAAAGGAAGUUUAUGGGGCGCCUGGGUGGCUCAGUCGUUAAGCGUCUGCCUUCGGCUCAGGUCAUGAUCCCAGAGUCCUGGGAUCGAGCCCCACAUCGGGCUCCCCGCACCACGGGAAGCCUGCUUCUCCCUCUCCCACUCCCCCUGCUCGUGUUCCCCUGAUCUCUCAGUGGUGGUGGAGCAAAUUCAUGUUUUCAAAACAGUUAAAGCAGAACUAUACAU